AUGCUCCUCCUCGCCUGCACCUCCCUUGUUUCAUCAUCAUCAUCAGUUUUGGAUUCCUUACUCAGCCAUUCCUCUGAUCUCAAACACAUACACCAGACACAUGCCUUCAUGCUUCUCAGAGCCCUCGAUACAGACAACUUCCUCCUCAGCCGAUUCAUUCACGCCUGCUCUUCUCUCGGCUUCUCUUCCUAUGCUUAUUCGGUCUUCGCCUCCAUUACCCACUCCCCCGAUAUCUACCUCUACAAUUCCAUCAUCAACGCUCUCUCUUGCUCUCCUCCCCACCUCAAAUCUUCAAUCUUUCUUUACAAUAACAUCCAACUUGCUGGUUUGCGACCCGACACUUACUCCUUCCCUUUCGCCCUCAAGGCUGUCACUCGAUCAUCAUCUGUCCACACUGGAAGGCAACUUCACUCUCAAUCCAUUCGCUUUGGCCACCAUUCUCAUCUUCACGUCCUUACCGCCUUGGUCCGGAUGUACUCCUCGUUUGGCUCUCCUAGCAUCUCAGAUGCUCGCAAGCUGUUUGAUGAAACGAGCAUGACAACUGGAGAUGUGGCUCUAUGGAAUGCAAUGCUUAAUGGGUAUGCCAAGCUUGGUGACCUCCAUAAUGCUCGAGGUUUAUUCGAACGUAUGCCUCAAAGAAAUGUUAUUUCCUGGACAGCUCUCGUUACUGGGUAUGAUCAGGCGAAUCGGCCCCACGAUGCCAUUGCCUUGUUUCGAAGAAUGCAGCUUGAGAAAGUGGAGCCUGAUGAAAUUGCCAUCUUGGUUGCGCUUUCUGCUUGUGCCCGUUUGGGUGCAUUGGAGUUGGGGGAGUGGAUUCAUAACUACAUUGACAAACAUGGAUUACUGAAUACAACCAUCCCUCUUAACAAUGCACUUAUAGACAUGUAUGCAAAGUCAGGCGAUAUUACAAGGGCGUUACAAGUAUUCGAGAACAUGAAGCGUAAAACCAUCAUAACAUGGACAACAAUGAUUGCUGGACUGGCUUUGCAUGGACUUGGAAGAGAAGCCCUAGAAAUGUUCUCCCGAAUGGAGAGGGAAAGAGUUAAGCCCAAUGACAUCACUUUCAUUGCCGUCCUUUCCGCUUGUGGCCAUGUGGGAUUGGUACAAACCGGUAAAUGGUAUUUUCAAUGUAUGGUAUCAAGGUAUAAGAUUGAACCCAAGAUUGAGCAUUAUGGCUGCUUGAUUGAUUUACUUGGGCGCGCUGGUCACCUCAAAGAGGCACAAAAGCUACUUGCUCAGAUGCCAUUUGAGCCUAGCGCGGCUAUAUGGGGGUCUCUUCUUGCUGCUUGUAAUACUUAUGGUGAUGCUGAGCUUGGAGAGCUUGCGUUGCAUCAUCUAUUAGAGUUGGAGCCUGAUAACAGUGGAAACUAUGCACUUUUAUCUAACAUUUAUGCUUCUCAUGGUAGAUGGAAUGAGUCUCGGAUGGUGAGGAAGGUGAUGAGGGAUGCAGGAGUUAAAAAAAUGCCAGGAGGGAGUCUUAUUGAAGUGAAUAACAGAGUCCAUGAGUUUAUUGCAGGAGAGACAUCGCAUCCUCAGUUUGAUAGGAUUCACGAAAUUCUAAGCAAGAUAAAUCGGCAAUUAGGACUUGCUUGGCAUUUGGAGGAGGAAAGUAGUGCGCUGCUUGAAUAG